AAGGGACUGAGCUCACAGGCACAGAAUCUGCCUCUGCCUCUGUAGCUGUCACCUUGAGGAAGACGAGGAAGGUGAUUCAUCAAAACCAGUCCUCCCAUUACGAAAUCGAUCAACAACAGUCUUGACGUUGAGGUACCUCUUUCCAACUGUGAAAGAAAACUUGCUGAAUUGAGAUUCGAAGAUGAGUUCGGGAAGAGCAAACGGAAAUGGGAGAGGCAAGCAAGUCUUUGAAGCAAACAGUCAGCAGCUGAGCCAAGGUGUAGCGGAUCUUUGCCUGGGUUCGGAAGAAGGUAAUGGAGGGUGGGAAGAAGUUGGAAAGAAAACAAAGAACAGGACUGGAAGCAGUGCUGCAAAGGGUGCUCAAAAGUCUAACCCAAAGGCAUGGGUGCACCAAGAUGUCCAAAAGCUCAAUGUGUGGAGUGGUACAGGAGGAUCACAAGCUGAUAAUCUGUGGAAACCAGCUGGAAGAGGAAACUCAAGGCCACUGUCUAAUAGUACCCCUCAACAAGUGAUUACCCCUCCACUGCACAAUGGGUGGAAUUGGAAGUCAAAGGCCGGGAACAAUGACAGAUAUGUGCCUCCUGCUGCAGCUCAUCCUGCUGAUGACGAUGAUGAGUCUGAUGCAUUGAGUGACCUUGAUGAUGAUGACGACGACAUUUUCAGUGAUGAUUCAGACUCUAGUCAAAUGAGUCAAGGCACUCAAAAGAAUAGCAAGUGGUUCAAGGAUUUCUUCGACGAGUUGGAGAAGUUAAGCGUGGAGGAGAUAAAUGAUCCUACACGGCAGCGGCACUGUCCUGCUUGCAAAGGGGGUCCUGGUGCCAUUGACUGGUAUCAAGGCAUGCAGCCAUUGAUCAGACAUGCGGAAACAAAAGGAUCAAAGAGGGUGAAGCUUCACCGGCAGCUUGCACAACUUCUGGAAGCAGAGUUGAAGGUGCGGGGUACAAGUGCUAUACCAGCAGGUGUGGUCUUUGGUAAAUGGGUAGGAUUGAAAGAAGAGGAAAGUAAUCACAAAAUUAUCUGGCCUCCAAUGGUAUUCAUCAUGAAUACCAGACUUGAAAAAGAUGAGAAUGACAAAUGGCUGGGUAUGGGCAAUGAGGAGCUUUUACUCUGCUUCAGCUCUUAUCCUGCUCAGAAGGGUAAACACUCCUAUGGCCCCCAAGGACACUGUGGGAUUAGCACUUUGAUCUUUGAGCCAUCAGCAAUGGGUUACUUUGAGGCUGCACGGCUGCAUAGGCAUUUUGCUGAGCAAGGUUUGGGCAGAGAUGCUUGGGAUCGUAGCCCUGUGCUGUUUCGUCCAGGUGGUAAACGACAGCUUUAUGGUUUCAUGCCAAUGAAACAAGACUUGGAUAUAUUCAACCAGCACUCGGAAGAGAAGCUGAAGCUGAAAUUUGAGAUGAGGUCCUACCAGGAGAUGGUCCUCCACCCCCUGAGGAAAAUGAGUGAGGACAGCCAACAGGCUUCCUAUAUGAAGACCAGGGUUGCGAAAGAAGAGAGACACAGCCAAGCUCUAGAAGAAACUCUUCGUAUAGUAAAUGACAAGAUGCAGAAGAUACAGGAGGAAAAUCACCUUUUGAAAGAGAGGACCAAAAUGCACUAUGAACAAAACAAAGAAGAGAUGGAUCUCCAGGAGGAAUUUUACAAAGAUAUGCUAUCUCGUACCUAAAAUUGAUAUGUCAGCUCAAGUCUAUCAACUUUUGGGACUAUAUUUUGCUUUACAACUCCUAUUUGAAUGGGGCAGUUCGGGACUCAGUUUCUUUAUUCAGGCUUUAUUUUAAGAACAAUGUUUAAUUCUGGAUUUACAACUCCUCUUUGAAUGGAGCAGUUCGGGACUCAGUUUCUUUAUUCAGGCUUUAUUUCAAGUUUGUUCUUGUUAGAUACAAUGAGAACCAGGCUUCUGCAUAUACAGCCUUUUUUGGAUUACAGUUUUGUGUUCCUUCUAGGGAACAAGGUGGCCUGUUGUUAUUUUGGAAAUCCAGACAUAUUAAUAUCAGUACUGUUUUGCCUCAA